GCAUCUUCAGUGUGAGAUACGGCGUUCGUUGGAAACGGUAGAAUGGACCCUAAUUUUUAACUAGAUCUAUAAUAUUUUUGCACCAUGGCUUGGUCAGGUGAACAGAAGCGGAUAGAGAAUAAAAAGAAGAACUUAGAUACGAGAAUAAAAUUCAGUUCAUGGACUCCUAUGAACCAUGCACCUACCAAAGACAAGGUAUUCGAAGAAAGGCGGGAAGUCAUCCAAAAAUGGUUUGACAAAUGGACAGAUGCACAGAAGAGAAAUGUGAUAGCAGACAUCGUGGACCGUUGUACAAUGUCCCAGCUCCAAUACACCAAGUCAUUGGUCAAGGUGCAGCUGCCAGUUGAACGUGUGGACUUCACAAGGGUAUUACCUAGAGCACUCAGUCUUUACAUCUUCUCGUUCCUGGAUCCUAGGAGUCUCUGUAGAACUGCUCAAGUUUGUUGGUACUGGCGCUACCUGACUGAGUUGGAUCAACUAUGGAUGCCUAAGGCACUCAAGCUUGGCUGGUAUCUGACAUUCACUCCUAGCGUGUACGAGACAGGAGUCUGGAAGCGACACUAUCUGGAGAAUGUUCGUAGCUUACACUAUCUUCCUCCAAAGGAUGCACCAAAGCAGAAGCAGGUUACAACAAAUGGCCAAGGUAACAAUGAGAAUGACCCCAAGAAGACUGUUACCCCACCAAGAAAGACUGCAUGGUCCACUAAGAGCAAACCUCCAAAACCACUCCAGCAUAAACCUUGGAGGGCCAAUGCCCCUGUUGCCACGGAUACACAUCGCAAUAAUUAUUUGGAUAAUGAGGAUGAAUUGUUGAAAGCAAGGCAAAGGAGAAUGGAAAAGCUUGAAGCCAGUGGGAAGAGAAGACCACAAAGUGCAAUGACCCCUGACAAAACGGGAAAUUCCCCUCACAUCAAGAGUAGUAGUGCAUCAAAAACACUCCCAUCAACACAGUUUAAUGCUAAGCUUAAAAGAGCAAGAUCAGCUUCUAAUAUUUCUGCUGAAUCAUCCCAUGGUAGACCAGAUUGGGCCCAGUCCAUGGCUGGGGGCGAUGCCUCUAAAAUGACAGCCAAUCAUAUAGGCGGAUUGGAUGCAACAGUGAGACCGGCUCCAGUUCUAAAGCCAUCCCGUUCAACCAAUGCACUAAAUAGGACAGAGAGAGAUCCACCCAGUGGAGUUCAUUUUGCAGUGAAGGGAUGGAAAACAGUUGAGUAUUCAGAUGAUGAGAGUAUAGGCUGAUGAUAAACAUCCCUCCCCGAUAGGUUUGUGUGCUGUAAUAAAGAUGUACUGCUGCUUAAUUAUAAAUUGAAGAACAGGUGCAUAAUACUCUUACUCUUUUGAAUAGGGAUGUCUUUUACCUGGCUUAAGAUCCGCCUCCAAAAUGUUCGUUCUCAUAUCUAUUGUGGCCAACUGCAUAGGAUUACCAUGACAACUGGGGCUCAAGGUCAAUUUGGAACCAAGAUAUUCAUGGUAGUUAUCUCAUUGUGAUGUGAACUGGCUUUUGAAAUGAAACAGUACUUAUGUUCAUACUUUUUUUCCCCAAACAAUUUAUUAUUUGUAUUCUUUGUGAAACAUAAUUCAAUUUAUGGCAGUACUUACUGCAAGACUUGAAAUGAUAAUUGUCAUUUUGAGAUUAUUAACGUACGUAUAUAUGUGGCAAAUAAUAAAGUAAAUUCACAAUUGUAAUGAAGUUUUAUUUUCCGAUUAUCUUACUACCUGCAUUGAAUGAAAGUAAGAAAAGAAAAUUCUUCAAGUUUGAAGCAGAAAUCAGACAGUGCAAUAACCAGGAUUAUGUUUUCUUUUUUUUGAAAGAAUGUGAAUUAUCCUUGAUUUACCUGAAUUCAGCAAUUCUAGAAGUGAGCAAUUGCAAUCAAAGUUCAAGACCCAACCUGUCUCCCUUUUCCCUGUUUUUGACAAUAACAAGUGGCAAAUAUUUGAUUUUUGUCAUAAAGAUCAUUGAGUCAGAUCAGGUACAUGGGUAGAUGCUGUCAGGAAUCAUUCUUUUGUGAAAGGAUUGACUCAUGUCUUAAUAGAUGGCUUUAUCAUUAUCCACUUAGGGGGUGUUGCAAGAAAAUAUUUGCAAUUAAUUGCAAAUAUUCUAUUGCAGUUUUACAAGUGAAAGAUCAAAUUUAGCUCGAGCAAAUGAGAUUACAUUCCUUGUUUCGAGGAGCAGAUAAGCAGUCAAUCCCAAAUUUGCAAUUAAUUGCAAGACAUAUGAUUGAUUUAGGGACCAAAAUAGACUUGCAAAUUGAUCGCAAGUUUCUUUGAACACCAUAUGAUGAUCUUAAUUCUCAGGUUGUCUAAUGUCAUCAUGGCUAAACCCACUUGAUUUCAUGUCAAACUGGUCUAAUUGCCAUUCGGUCCAAACAUCACUUGAUAAACUUUAUAAUAAUAAUAAUUGGCAUUUAUAUAGUGCUUUAUCAAUCUACGACUGUUCAAAGCGCUUCACAAUUAUUA